AUGCUUCAGAUCACUCUCCUGAUGGGCGGCCUCGCAGCCUUCGCCCAAGCCGCUGCUCUCCAGUCUAUCCCAGCCGCUGCCCUGUUUUCCCGCGCACAAAGCCCGAUCAACUGCGGUCCUUUUCCCGGUAAAGGUCCUAGCGAGGGUACUACCUACGUGUCGGCAUCCGGCAAGAGCUACAAGAUCCUCUGCAACGCCGAGAGGGGCGCUUACAGCGGCUGGUACUAUGCCCAGGGCUCAUUCCCCACCGCCGAGUCAUGCAUCGAUGCCUGUGCAGCCGGCGCGGUCCAAGGAUGUGUCUAUGCCUCCUGGAACAAUCAGGGUGCUUAUUGCGCCCUGGCAACCAAUGUCGACCUGACUGGGAAUGGUUAUGAAUACAACACAAUAGGCGGCACGUAUAUCAAGACUCUCAACUGCAAGGACGGAUCCAGUGACAACACUGUCUGGACUACACCCGCCGGAAAAUACCAGAUCCUGUGCAACUACCAGUACGGCGGCACCACCUUGGGUGCCUCAAAGCGCGCCGAGACGUUUGAGCAGUGUGUCGGUUUCUGCGACAGCACCAACGGCUGUGUGGACGUCGUGUACAGCGAGGCCAAGUACUGCUGGCUCAAGAGUUCAAAGACAAACGGUUACAAGAGCCCGGGCUGGUACACCGCCAUCAAAGUGCCCGACAACUUCCAACCUGCCAAGCCUGACGAUGUUACACCUGUGAGCAGCAGCCAAAUUGGCGCCAUCAACUGCUUCGACAACUCAGCCGAUGGUACUACCUUCAAGGCUGCCUCCGGCAACUCCUACGACAUUGCCUGCAACUACCAGUACGAUGGUGAUACUAUUGACAGCAUUUACACUCGCACUUUCGAGGACUGCGCCAACCUUUGCGACACUACUGAUGGCUGCAUCGACGCUGUGUGGAGCAAGGCCAACUACUGCUGGAUGAAGUCUUCCAAGACUGGCACCGGAUACAAGUCGCCUAAUUGGUUCAGCGCUAUCAGGAAGUAA